AAAAAAAAAAACCCUGAACCCUUCGCCAUUUCAUCGAGAAGAAAAACCGCCCCGCGUUCGUCCCCUCCCCCUCCGGCCCUCCCCUCCCCCGAUUCCAGACGGGAGAAAAUCCGGUCGAGAAUGCAGCCCCCGCAGACCCCCAUUCCGCCGUGGGGGUCGAAGUCUCGCCGGGAGCUGCAGCCGCCGCUGCUCAGCCCUUCCUACUCCCGGAAGCCAUUCCAAGCCGCCGCCGCCGCCGCCUCCUCCGAGCACCCCUGCGUCACGCUGUUCGAGUGGUGGCUGGAGAGAGUGGAAGGGGAUGACCAGAAGAUCGCCGUCGCGGGGAAAUUUGAAAGGAAUGAGACAGUCCAGCAAUUCGAUGCUGCAGCCAUUGCAAAGCGCCACAAGGCUUGCGUUCUUGAAACUGAAGAUGGAAUUAUACUUCGCAUCUAUGGCUCGCUCAGCCUUUCGCAGAUGCAUGCCAACGGAUAUUCGAGUGAGGUCUGUGAGAAGUUCAUAAUCGGAUUUCCAUACUGGUGGGAAAAUUGCAACCAGCUUUAUCCCAAGACGGCACAAACAAGAUCGGAUAAAAAACAAUUUUACUCGGGGCAAUUUCAGCGGGGGCAAGAAUUUCAUUCAUGUGGAACAUCUUUCCUCAGCGAACUUCGUAGCAGUGUUAAAAAAUCCUCACACAAUGAUGCUGCCUUCCAAAACUCUCCACAGAAGCAAAGGUCUGCACUUGAGAAGUUGCAGGGUGCUACAAGAUCACCAUUCGCACGCCCAGUUCCAUAUGCCCAUGAGUCUCCGCUUACUCGUGGUAGGGCCACGUCAUUGUCAAUGUCCACACCUGAAGCUCUCAAACUGAGAAAAACCAGAUCGGGUCGUCUAGUUGUACCCACUUUGGAUAUAGGAUGCCAAAGGAUUGUCCAUGACUGGGACGGCACGAUUGCUGGUGUCAUCGGUCUGGAUUCACCAUCGCCCAAAGGGAGCAAGCUGAAAGCAUAUGCAAGGAGGAAAAGAGAGGCCAAGCCGAGCAAGCGGAAGAAGAGAAGGGCUCACUGAGCAAUUCUCGCAGACGCUAUUCGUAGGAUUUAGGACUUAAGGCUGCACGUGCAGGAGUUGGUUGGCUUUCGGUAGAUCUGUGCGGAAGCCUGUCUCGCCGCUGAUCCUAGGCGUUGGCACGGAUUGGUGUAUGAAGGCUUUUUUAAGCAUGGGACGGUGUAACCAGUGACAGUGCCACCUUUUGCUGCAAUUCUUGACCUGAGACAGCAUCUAGUAUUACUCCCUUGGCUGCUUGGCAACCUUAAUUGCCCGCCUGACUACUAGUGAGUGGUGAUCUGGACAUGCUUUGGUUGCAGAAUGGGAUUCUGUUGCAUGCUCCGAAUUC